GCACGAGUUCUGCAGGGUCCUGGUGGCUGGGAGGGACUCCUUACUUCCGCCCGACUUGGGAACCGCCGCAGGGACUGGCUGACUUCAUCCGCGCGCACCGCGCGGCGCAUCGGAGCAUCCACUGCGCAGCACCCAGAGGAGAUGGUCGGGGCCAUGUGGAAGGUGAUUGUUUUGCUGGUCCUGUCUAUAUUCAGCCCUUGUGAUGGGUUGUUUCGCUUCAUAUACAGAAGUAGCCAGGUUUCCAAGCCACCUACGGGAAAUGUGGGACAGCCACUAUUUCUUACGCCUUAUAUUGAAGCUGGGAACCUCAAGGAAGGGAAAGAAUCGAGUUUGGUGAGUCCUUUCUCAGGACAGAAUGUGAAGAGUUACGCUGGCUACCUCACGGUGAACAAGACUUACAACAGCAACCUCUUCUUCUGGUUCUUUCCAGCUCAGGUGCAGCCAGACGAUGCCCCAGUAGUUCUCUGGCUGCAGGGUGGGCCGGGAGGUUCAUCCAUGUUUGGCCUCUUUGUGGAACAUGGACCUUAUGUUAUCACAAGUAACAUGACCGUGCGCACCAGAGACUUCCCUUGGACCACCACGCUUUCCAUGCUGUACAUUGAUAAUCCAGUGGGCACAGGCUUCAGUUUUACUGAUGACCCUCACGGAUAUGCGGUCAAUGAGGAUGAUGUGGCCCAAAAUUUAUACAGUGCCCUAAUUCAGUUUUUCCAGUUGUUCCCUGAAUAUAAAGAUAAUGACUUUUACGCCACUGGGGAGUCUUACGCAGGGAAGUACGUGCCAGCCAUUGCACACUACAUCCACACCCUCAACCCCCUAACCCAGCUGAAGAUCAACCUGAAAGGAAUCGCUAUUGGAGAUGCAUAUUCGGAUCCUGAAUCAAUUAUAGGGGGCUAUGCAACAUUCCUGUACGAAAUCGGCUUGUUGGAUGAGAAGCAGAGAAAGUACUUCCAGAAGCAGUGCAAUGAAUGCAUAGAACACAUCAAGAAGCAGAACUGGAUUCAGGCCUUUGAAAUACUGGAUAAACUACUGGAUGGUGACGUAACAAGUGACCCUUCCUACUUCCAGAACGUUACAGGAUGUAUUAAUUACUAUAACCUUCUGCAGUGCGUGGAACCUGAGGACCAAACUUACUAUGCAAUAUUUUUGUCACUCCCAGAAGUGAGACAAGCCAUCCAUGUGGGAAACCGGACUUUUAACGAUGGAGUAAUAGUUGAAAAGUACUUGCGAGAAGAUACAGUCAAGUCAGUUAAACCAUGGUUAGCUGAAAUCAUGAAUAAUUAUAAGGUUCUGAUCUACAAUGGCCAACUGGACAUCAUUGUGGCAGCUCCCUUGACAGAGCGCUCCUUGAAAGCCAUGGACUGGAAAGGGUCCCAGGAAUAUGAGAAGACGGAGAGAAAAGUCUGGAAGAUCUUCAAAUCUGAUGAUGAAGUAGCUGGUUAUGUACGGCAAGUGGGUGACUUCCAUCAGGUAAUUAUUCGAGGUGGAGGACACAUUUUACCCUAUGACCAGCCUCUGAGAUCUUUUGACAUGAUUAAUCGAUUCAUUUAUGGAAAAGGAUGGGAUCCUUAUAGUUGAUAAACUACAUUCCUAAAAGAGAACAUCAGAAGUUUUAAUCCUUGAAAAGAAAAAUUUAAAAACAGAAAAUGUCAUAUAAACAAGAAAAUUAUCUUUUUAUAUCUGCAAGCUGUCUCUCAUCAAUAAAAAUUAUCCUUGAAA